GCUCGGCAUCCAUCCAGUCUGACUACCGUCUCACCGCACCUACAAGGUGCUGCCUCCCUCGCCCAGCCGUCUGCCAUUUCGCGCGCCUUUGUUAGAGGGCUGCGGCAUUCGUAUGGGCCACUCUUCUUCCACUCGCCCUUUCUUCUCAUCUAUGAGUACCUGGAGUGAAACCACUCCUUUACUACACAUCGACGAGCCACCUUUGCCUUAGCUGCACUUGCAACCCAACAAACCUCCGCAAUGCCAGAGACAGUCUGCCGCUGCUCCAAACCGCUGCUCCACAGCAACUCCAACCUCUGUACGGCGUGCAAAGGCCGCCGCCUGUUCACGCUGCCCCUCCGCGCCUCCUCCGUCCCGCCAGGAACAGCCAGACACCACCGCAGCCAACCUUCCGCACCGGGACCAUCUCACUCCCGAUCCCCCGCCACGUCACCCACCGCCUCCAUCUCCUCCGCUUCAUCAUCCUCACUCGCCUCCCGCUCCAGUCUGGAUGCUGGCCGCAGCCCGCGGGGGUCCUCAAUGGGCGGCGCAAGCGGCGACUCCCUGACCAAAUUCGCCACGUCGUCGCCGGAAACUUACUCGCCCAUGGCCGCGGGAUUCGCGCGGCUCAGCCUGAGCGACAAGAAGAAGAACGGUUCGAGCGAGAGCUUGGUUUCGAUUGCUUCGGUUUCUUCGGGCGAGCGGGCGAGUAGGCCGAGUGGGUUGCGGACGAGUGUGGAUGCGAGGAUGAUGUUUGAUGGGUUGCCUUGAACGUUUGGGUUUGUUGGGGCUUCUUUGAGUUUCUUUAUUCGAUCGAGCGUUGAGCGAUGGGGUUUGGGGUUUCGAGAGCUGCUUCGGCUGGUUCGUUGCGGUGAUUGCUUCUGUGUUGUGGAGUUUGAUGAUCGGCUGGGAUGGGUUGGGUCAUGUUUCGCAUUAGACUGAGAAGCUAUGGUAU